AUGGCGAUGCAGCAGCAGCAUCAAGUGGUUGGACAGCAGCGUCAGCCUCCAGCACAGGCCUGUCAGUUUCAGGUGUCAACUCCUAUCGACACACAGCAGCAGCAAUCCACAAAUCUAGCUCCUCCUAUGUCAGCAAAUAUACAAUAUCUACAGAUAUUGGCGACGCAGCAGCAGCAUCAAUCAGAUGGCCAGCAGCACCAGCCCACAGCACAGGCCUCUCAGCAACAGGCGUCAACCACUGCUGACAGUCAGCAGCAGCAAUCUCAGACUCCAGUUCCUCAAACUGCAGCAAGUAUACAAUGUUCACAGCAAAUUAUGGCGCAGCAGCAGCAUAAACUUAUUGGUCAGCAGCACCAGCCCGCAACACAGGCCUCCCAGCUACGGGCCUCAUCUUCUGCUGACACUCGGCAGAAAACUAUUCCAGUUCCUCAAAAUGCAGCUAAUAUACAACAUCUUCAGCUAUUGGCGGAGAUGAAUCAGCAUCAACUGGCAGGCCAGCAGCAUCAGUCCGCAGCACAAGUCUCUCAGCUACGGGCUUCAUCUUUUGCUGACACUCAGCAGCAGCAAUCUGACAUUCCAGCUCCACCAAUGACAGCAAAUAUUCAAUACUCACCGCAAAUGGAUACGCAGCAGCAUCAAAUGGUCGUCCAGCAGCACCACCCAGCAGCACAGGCCUCCCAGCUACGGACUUCAUCUUCCGUUGACACACAGCAGCAGCAAUCUCCAACUACUCAUCUAGAUCGGCAUGCAAUGCGGGAGGCGACGGCCCAUUUUGAUGGCGCCCCAUCUCUCAUCAGAUUCGAUUGCCACCUAAGAUACCAAAAAAUUAUUGAGAGAAACGAACUCAAAAAACAAAAGGAGGAAAAAUCGAAACUAAACAAACCUGUUGUGCGCAUGGAAGGACACGUGAUCAACGGCCUGUUACGAGAUUUUAAAAGAGGCACACGAAAUCGCGCGUACAUAGAAGAGCGAUUGAAGGGCCAGCCAAUCCAAAUCCAGCGACUUGUCCUGCCUCCACUCAAGAUUCACCCUUAA